CCAUCGGGACUCGAACCGACCUCCGCGGACGUUCUAGCCAAGAACCCUAAUCCCCAAUUCCCCAUCUCCUCCCAAUCCGAUUCCUCUAUAGACGGCGGAUCCGAGCAGUCCCUCCGGCGGCGGAGGCGGCGGCGGGUGACCGGGGAAGAUGAAUCCUCUGACGCAGGUGAAGAGGACCCAGGUAAUCAACCAGAAGGAGGCGCUUCUGGGCAUCGGCGAGGACGCCUCGUGGCACGCCAAGUUCAAGGACUCCGCCUACGUCUUCGUCGGCGGCAUCCCCUUCGACCUCACCGAGGGCGACCUCCUCGCCGUCUUCGCGCAAUACGGCGAGGUGGUCGAUGUGAACCUCGUGCGCGACAAGGGCACCGGCAAAUCUAAGGGCUUUGCGUUUCUUGCGUACGAGGACCAGAGGAGCACGAUUCUUGCUGUUGAUAAUUUGAAUGGAGCUAAAGUUCUUGGGAGGAUUAUAAGGGUUGACCAUGUGAGCAAAUACAAGAAAAAGGAGGAGGAGGAUGAGGAGGAAUUGCAGAAAAAGAGGGAGGCUCGCGGCGUGUGCUAUGCUUUCCAGAAAGGCGAGUGCAAUCGUGGAGCUUCUUGCAGAUAUUCCCAUGAUGAGCAGAGGAAUGCAAACACUGGUUGGGGUUCUAAGGAGGAGAGCAAAGCAAGAUGGGAGCAUGACAGACACCAUGAGCCACCAAAGAGCCACAAAAAGUUCCCAUCGGAUGCUGGGGAACCAAGAUUCCCUGACCGAACUAAAGAGGAGUCGAAAUCAACUGGCAGGGAAGGGCAGUCCUCAAGAUCUGAGGCGUACAGAGACCGUGAUUCCAGGAUUAGGCAUAGUGGUAGAAGUUCAAAAGAUCAUGACAGGCAUAGGCAUGAUAGAUCACCUGAGAGAUCAAGAGGUGAUAGGCAGAGAAACAACGACAGAUAUGCACAAGGAAGAGAUGAAAGAUCAGAACGGUACAAACCUGAAAUGAAACAUGAUGGAGACCAGAAGCGAUCGAGGCGGGACACUGAUUCUAGUGGACAUUAUGAAAGGGGUAUCGAAGAGUCAGAAAGGUACAGGAAAUCACGACAAUAAAAUUUGGAUUUGUUGUUGCAGACAUUGUUGUUCUGAUCUGUUUGUACCUGUACAAGAUGGAUAAAAUUUUUGCUUGAUCCUUUGUCUGGUAUUAGUCUAAUGGAUGUCAUCGUUUAAA